CAAAUCCUGCGGGGUGCGAUUUCGAUUGCGCCAGUGAGCAUGCUGGUGUCGUGCUGCGGGAAGAGGUCGUUCGUUGGAGAUGCAAUCACCAUCCCAUGCCGAAUUCCGAGUCUGUGAUAUAAAAGUGACCAUGGGCCCCCUCACGGUAUCUUGGCCAAGUGAAUUCAAGGCUUGUAUUCCGUAGAUAAACAGACGGGAAUUGAACAGAGCAAGCAUGGCGGCAGUACUUUCUUCAACAUCCGUUACGGAUCAGCAUAAACACUCGGUCGGUGCAUACAAGGAUAUCCUGCCCACUAAACUUCAACUGGAGAAAGAGUUGAAAGGCACUGGAAAAUUCGCCCCGGCCUCCUAUCCCAACUAUUUGCCAGUAUGGGACAAUGAGAAGGGAGAAAAAUACCCUCCCUUACAGCCAUUUGAACAUUAUGAGCAUGGCAAAGACGCCGACCCUACUUUCCCGAACCUCCUCAAGGAAGGUACCCAUCUAGAGGAUCUCACAGCCUCGAUCGGCGCCGAAGUCACGGGAGUACAGCUGUCCCAGUUGAAUGACAAGGGCAAGGACGAACUAGCUCUCCUGGUAGCCCAGAAGAAAGUGGUCGCAUUCAGAGACCAAGAUUUCGCUACUCUGCCAAUUGAGAAGGCCCUUGAUUUUGGCCGUUACUUUGGCAGACUGCAUAUCCAUCCAGCCAGUGGUGCACCAGCAGGCUUCCCCGAAGUCCACCUAGUCCACCGUGGUGCUGAUGACAAGUCCUUCAUCGAUCUUUUGAACAGUCGCACCAACUCGAUCGCAUGGCACAGCGAUGUCACGUAUGAGAUUCAACCCCCUGGAACCACCUUCUUGUACGCCCUCGACGUGCCCGAUGCCGGAGGUGACACCUUGUUCGUCAACCAGGCAAAGGCAUACGAAAGGCUCUCACCUGCAUUCCGAGAGCGUCUGGCUGGUCUGCAAGCCGUUCACUCGGGUCAUGAGCAGGCAACCAGCGCACUCAACAGAGGCGGAAUCGUGAGAAGAAACCCUAUCUCGUCAGUUCACCCUGUCGUGAGGACCCAUCCCGCGACCGGCGAGAAGGCGCUUUACGUCAAUCCCCAAUUCACUAGAUAUAUCGUUGGCUUCAAGCAAGAAGAAAGCGACUAUUUAUUGAAGUUCCUUUAUGACCACAUCGCUCUCAGUCAAGAUCUUCAAGCCAGAGUCAGGUGGAAGCCCAAUACCGUGGUUGUUUGGGACAACAGAGUAACUGCACACUCUGCUCUCGUUGACUGGCAAGAUGGCCAGCGCCGACACAUAGCACGCAUAACCCCACAGGCCGAGCGUCCCACAGAGUAAGGAUGUGUGAAGUUUUGAUGGAUGGUGGAAUCGUAGUCUCUGCCCAAACAUUACAUCCCAUUCAAUACACAGGCGAGGGUUAAGCGAGUAUAUAAAAGAUUUCUAUCGACAUUAGCAGCAAUUGUACACUGGAUGUAAAAGAUAUCGAGAAGAGCGAUAUGGGGCAAAUCCAUUCAUUUUGACCCUGGG